AUGAAAUCUCUCAAAAAGGUUCCCGGUCUUCUCGGUACCACUGAGAAUGAGCUCGGCAUCCGCAAGUGGCUCGAGGACCAAGGUCACACCUUGGUGACCACCUCUGACAAGGAGGGUGAGAACUCCAAGUUUGACCAGGAGCUCGUCGACGCCGAAGUCAUCAUCACUACUCCCUUCCAUCCCGGUUACCUGACAGCCGAGCGUCUGGCCAAGGCCAAGAAGCUCAAGCUUGCCGUGACGGCCGGCAUCGGCUCCGACCACGUCGACCUCAACGCGGCCAACAAGACCAACGGCGGCGUGACCGUGGCCGAGGUGACGGGCAGCAACGUCGUGUCGGUGGCCGAGCACGUCGUCAUGACCAUCCUGGUCCUGAUCCGCAACUUCGUCCCAGCCCACGAGAUGAUCGAGCGCGGCGACUGGAACGUCGCCGAGGCCGCCAAGCAGGAGUACGACCUCGAGGGCAAGGUGGUCGGCACCGUGGCCGUCGGCCGCAUCGGCGAGCGCGUCCUCCGCCGCCUCAAGCCCUUUGACUGCAAGGAGCUGCUCUACUACGACUACCAGCCCCUCUCUCCCGAGGUCGAGAAGGAGAUUGGCUGCCGCCGCGUCGACUCGCUCGAGGAGAUGCUCUCCCAGUGCGACAUCGUCACCAUCAACUGCCCUCUUCACGAGAAGACCAAGGGUCUCUUCAACAAGGAGCUCAUCUCCAAGAUGAAGAAGGGUUCCUACCUCGUCAACACUGCCCGUGGCGCCAUCGUCGUCAAGGAGGACGUCGCCGAGGCCCUCAAGUCUGGUCACCUCGCCGGGUACGGAGGCGAUGUCUGGUUCCCCCAGCCUGCCCCCCAGGACCACCCUCUCCGCUACGCCAAGAACCCGUUCAACGGCGGGAACGCCAUGGUCCCCCACAUGUCGGGAACCUCGCUCGACGCCCAGAAGCGCUACGCCGAGGGCACCAAGUCCAUCCUCCAGAGCUACUUCUCCGGAAAGUUCGACUACCGCCCUCAGGACCUCAUCGUCCACGCCGGCGACUACGCCACCAAGGCUUACGGCCAGAGGAAGUAG